GCAUUUUUUUGCGUACGCAUUCAUAAAUUCCAUGUUGUAGACAAAAAAAAAUUCGGUUUGUUUAAACUGUCUGUCAAUGAAUACGGAGAGCACAUGUUAAUUGAGUUUGAAAGAUAUCAAUAAGUAAAGACAAAAACUAAUACAGUUCCAUUUUUUACCGAUUUUACACUAAUACACCGAUGCCCAGAGGUAAAAAUUAAGAGAAGAAGAGAAUAGAAACGAGACGAGAGAAGAAAAAAAGCAACAAAUUUAUAGGUUCGAAUUGCCGUACAAACAUAUCUCUCAACACACAUCUGAGUGAGUGAAAAAUUGUCUAUCUUUAUCUAUCACCGAACAAAACAACAAAAAUCACCGAAAGUGUAAUAGAGUCAACUGCUUCAUCAAUCUGACGAAUCUGAGUAUCAUAAUGGAUGAGACAAAACGAAAUAGUAUGAAAUUAGAUGUUGAGGCGGUACGUUUGUCUGAAAACGAUCACGAUCGCCCAACCGAAGUUUAUAAGCAAGUAUCUGAAUUCGAUUCCAACGAUAAAUCAACUGAUCAACCAGCAACAAUCAUGACGCGUGAAAAGAACGAUACUAUUGAAGAUGGAGCCGACGAAAAGAUGCUGGGCGUCGAUGAUAAAGAGCAAUUGGCACGCAAAGAUGAGGUGAAGUUUAUUCCCAGCGAUCGUUCGAAUGGUGAUGCCAAAAUUGAUAUCGGCAAUAUUGAAAAGUCGACUUUCAGCGGAAUGACAAAGGAUGAGUUGAUGAAAUAUGCCAACGAUCCAUUCUGGCAACGUUUGCGCUGGACAUUCUUCGUUCUUUUUUGGUUAUUGUGGGCAGCAAUGUUGGCCGCUGCCAUUUUUAUCAUAUUAAAAGCACCAAAAUGCUCGGUCGAUAAACCACUGGAAUGGUAUAAAGAAGGUCCACUUGUUGUAAUGCCAAAAGAGCAUUCAUAUACAAAAGCCGAUUCACAAUUAAUUGAAAAACUUCAAUCGAUCGAUGCAAAGGGUGUAAUCUAUAAUUUGCCUGCUGAUAAAACGUAUUCGGUCGGUACGGAUUUGGUGGAUAAAUAUAUUAUUGGAAUUGUCGAUGGUUUCAAAAAUACCAGCAUAAAAGUUAUACUCGAUUUAACGCCAAACUAUGUGACAACUGAAAAUGCAUUGUACAAAUUGGCAUUGAGCAAUGAAACAUAUCGUAGUGCAUUUAUAUGGGUCGAACGUGAGUGGCAACCAAACAAUUGGUUGUCAAAAGUUGAACCACAAAAAAGUGCUUGGAAAUUGGUUGGAAGCAAACAUUAUGUGCUCAAUCAAUUCGGUGAAAAUAAUAUUGAUUUGCAAUUGAAUGAUCCAAUUGCAAAAGCGAAUUUCACCGGUGUAUUACGUCAUUUAGUGAAAUUGGGUGUAAAAGGAUUCCGUUUGGCAAAUGCGAAACACUAUAUUAUCGAUCGAAGUAUUCCGAACGAUGGAACAAUAGCAACUAAUUCGAAAGCUGUUCACUCUGAUUAUGAAUUCUGGACGCAUAAUGCCACCACAUAUCAACCAGGCAUCGGAAAAUUGUUACAUGAAUUCUGGCAAGUUGUUAAGAAUGAAACGAAUGGCGAAGGUUUCUUAUCAGUUACCGAUUAUAUUGAACAUCCGGAAAAGUUUUCCACUGACGGUAAUAUGACGAUUGGCUUUGAUUUACCAAUUGUCGUUAAUUUAACGUCAACAUUGUCCGAUGAUAGCACAAAACCAAUGGCGGCCAAAUUAAAAGAGCGCUUAUCAACACUAAAUAAUACACAAAUGCUUACGAAAAACAGAGAUGUCGGUCUUCAAUGGCCGUACGAGAAUCCAGAGCAAAAUAAUUUGAAAAUCGGUACAUCCGAAUACAAUAUAUUCUUAUUCUUGUUGCCGGGCGUACCGGUUGGAACACUCAACGAUUUCAUUGGCACCACUACUAAUGCCACCGUUGAAAUAAAAAAAUUAGAAGACAUUCGAAAAACUCAGUCCUAUCAACAUGGCACCUUUGAGGUUUAUACCGCUCUUAACGAAACAGUCAUUGCAUAUUCGAGGCGAUUGAAGUCGGGAACUCCGGGUUAUUUUGUCGUUUAUAAUCCAACGGCUGACAAAGUAACAGUUGACUUUUCGUUUGUGAAAAGUUUGCCGGAACAAUUGACCGUCGAAUUGUUCAGCAAACCAUACGAAAAUACUGUCGACAAGGUUCCAACAAAUGCAAUCCCAUUGCAAGAGAGCUCUGCUGUUAUUUUCAAAUAUGCACCAAAAUCAGCUGAGUAAAUCGAAAGCAUUUAUUGAUCCAGCAUUGAAAAUAUGGACCAACACACUUUCAAUACAAACGACAAAUUCUAUAAAAUUUAACUCAAAAUGAAAAUAAAAACAUUUAUAUGCAACAUACAAUGAGAAUUGUAUGCUAUAUGAAAAAUCUAUCAAA